AUGUCUCCCACAUCCAAAAAGCGGUCUUUCUCCGCCAGCUUCGCGCCUCCGCUCCAACCACCAGCAACCACCAGAAAGAGCGUCGACAGCAUGGCCUCUUCGCAGAACGGUGGAAGCAACGACGGCGCCAACGCGCCAAACAUGCAGCAAGGCAGCGCCAAUCAAGGCAAUGCCACACAGCCUACGACCGCCAAUGCCGGUCAAAACCAAGGCACAGCCGCUACACAGGCGCCGACUACAACCACCACCACGGCUCCAGCAGCCCCAGCACCACCACCCGCGCCAGUCCUGACUGUCGCGCCAGCGCCAGCCGCCCAGGCCUCGCUUCGCGGUACCAGAUGGUACGAAGACGAGGACUGGUGGGUAGCAGAGAGGUUCUGUGAAGAGCCACGCAUGCCGUGGGUUGAAAUGGAACCUCUCUUCAAUGCGCACUUCCAGACCCGGCCGGUACGCAUUGGGAACCAGAUCGUCCAGCGCGGACAGCGCUCAAAGGACGCCCUGCGACAGCGCUGGCGCAACGCGCGGAAGCCGUUGCAGGGUCGUCUCGAUGCGCAGCGUGGUGUCGGGGAUGACCUGGGCGAGGAGUCAGAGGGAGAGGGUGAGCACGAAGACGACCAGCGCUUGGCGCAGAUCCUGCUGGACGUGGUGGAGAGCGUCAAGUCGCGGAAAGAAGACAGCGACGACGACGAUGGCCCAGGUGGAGACGACGAUCUGCCAGGCGGUGGUGAUGCCAUCGCCGCCUAA